UCAUUAGUUUGUUCAGCAUCGAAGACGGUCGGUCUGAUAACGAGCUCCUUAACUGGCCGGACAGGAAGCAGCCUUUCCGCAUUCCAAGCGGUACGCGCAGCCACGUUGGGCUCCUGGAGGAUGCUUACCCUGGGGGCAGAGUACGAGGAUACCUGGGCUCCAUCACCUGACAGGAGGGGCAGUCCCAGUCAGCAGGUGGAGGAGGAGGAGGAGGAGGCGGGGCCUGUCGAGGGGGCAGACACCGACGCUGGAGACCCGGAGGGGCCGUCGUGGAGAGCCGGUGACACCAACACCGUGCACAAGUAUGACACAGUUUUACACCUGGACGGGCAGAGCAGAGCGGGAAGGAGAGACGGCGUGCGCCAGAUCUUCUGGAAGCACGAGACCCUGAACAGCAGCACGCCAUGGCCCCGCGGAAUGGCUCGCUUCGCAGAAGAUCUACCCACCCGCUAUGGAGGAGGCUCGGGCGGCGGAGGGAGAGGCGCACCGGGCGCUGGGAGAGGGGGAGCCCGGGGUGGUGGCGCUCACGGUGGCCAGAGGGUGUACAAGCAGUCGAUGGCCCAGAGAGCCCGGACAAUGGCCAUUUACAACCCGAACCCUGUCAAACAAAACUGCCUCACUGUCAACCGCUCCCUCUUCAUCUUCCGCGAGGACAACCUCAUCAGGAAGUAUGCAAAGCGAAUAACCGAGUGGCCUCCAUUUGAGUACAUGAUCCUCGCUACAAUUAUCGCCAACUGCAUCGUUUUGGCCCUGGAGCAGCAUCUACCUGCCAGCGACAAGACACCCAUGUCAGAACGCCUGGACGACACAGAGCCCUACUUUAUUGGAAUAUUCUGUUUCGAGGCUGCCAUUAAGAUCAUCGCCCUGGGCUUUGCGUUUCACAAAGGCUCCUACCUCCGCAACGGCUGGAAUGUAAUGGACUUCGUGGUCGUCCUCACGGGAAUCCUGGCCACGGUGGGUUCGGACUUUGACCUGCGAACACUGCGCGCGGUGAGAGUGCUGAGACCCCUGAAACUCGUGUCAGGAAUCCCUAGUCUCCAGGUGGUAUUGAAGUCCAUAAUGAAAGCCAUGGUUCCUCUGCUUCAGAUCGGCCUGCUGCUUUUCUUUGCCAUUGUCAUGUUUGCCAUCAUCGGGGUGGAGUUUUACAUGGGCAAAUUCCACACCACCUGCUUCAAGAUAGAGACUGGUGAGAGAGCUGCAGACUGGCCUUGUGGUCUGGAGCCCCCGGCCAGGAUGUGUCCCAACGGGACCCAGUGCAGAGAGUACUGGACUGGACCCAACUUUGGCAUCACCAACUUUGACAACAUCCUGUUUGCAGUGCUUACUGUGUUCCAGUGCAUCACCAUGGAGGGCUGGGUGGACAUCCUCUACAGCACCAAUGAUGUAGCAGGAAACACCUGGAACUGGCUCUACUUCAUCCCUCUCAUCAUCAUCGGCUCCUUCUUCAUGCUCAACCUGGUGCUAGGUGUCCUGUCAGGAGAAUUUGCCAAAGAAAGAGAGCGUGUGGAGAAGAGGCAGGAGUUCCUGAAGCUCCGGAGGCAGCAGCAGAUCGAGCGAGAGCUCACCGGGUACUUGGAGUGGAUCUGCAAAGCAGAGGAGGUGUUGCUGGAGGAGGAGGAUGAGAUAGCAGAGGAGAAGUCCCCGCUGGACGGUGCGUGGUACAAGAGGAAGCAAAACCUUCCAGUCCUGAAACGAGGCAAAGUCAAGAAAGGUAAAAACGACCUGAUCGGUGCUGAGGAGGGGGAGGAUCCUUUCGCAGACAUUUCGUCUGUUCCUCCUCCCGGUUCUCCGUUUGGUCGGGCCAGUGUGAAAAGCGGCGGUAAGCUGGACAGCUCCUCUUACUUCCGGCGUAAAGAGAAGAGGACCCGGUUCUUCAUCCGCCGCAUGGUGAAAGCUCAGAGCUUCUACUGGAUCGUUCUGUGUCUGGUGGGCCUCAACACACUGUGCGUGGCCAUAGUCCACUAUGACCAGCCCGAGUGGCUUACAACGGCCCUCUACACAGCAGAGUUUGUGUUCCUGGGUUUGUUUCUGACUGAGAUGAGCUUAAAGAUGUACGGCAUCGGAGUGAGGAAUUAUUUCCACUCCUCCUUUAACUGCUUUGAUUUUGGGGUUAUUGUUGGAAGUAUUUUUGAGGUGAUCUGGGACAUGAUUAAACCAGGAGCAUCGUUUGGUAUCAGUGUGUUGAGAGCCCUGCGACUGCUCAGGAUAUUCAAAGUCACCAAAUAUUGGAACUCGUUGAGGAACCUCGUGGUUUCCCUCCUCAAUUCCAUGAAGUCCAUCAUCAGCUUGCUCUUCCUCCUCUUCCUCUUCAUCGUGGUCUUUGCUCUGCUGGGCAUGCAGCUCUUCGGAGGACAUUUCAAGACCAUGGAUUCAGGUUUUGGCAGGUUUAACUUUGAAGAUGAGACGCCAACAACAAACUUUGAUACCUUCCCGGCAGCCAUCCUCACUGUGUUCCAGAUUCUGACUGGCGAGGACUGGAACGCCGUGAUGUACCACGGGAUCGAGUCUCACGGGGGCGUUCGCCGUGGCAUGUUCUCUUCCGUCUACUUCAUUGUCCUCACGCUCUUCGGAAACUACACCCUGCUGAAUGUCUUCUUGGCUAUCGCUGUCGAUAACCUCGCAAAUGCACAGGAACUGACUAAGGAUGAAGAGGAGCAGGAGGAGGCAGCUAAUAAGAAGCUUGCCCUGCAGAAGGCUUUGGAGGUGAAGGAAGUCAGCCCGAUGUCAGCAGCCAACAUCUCAAUCUCUGCUUUUGUAAAGCAAAAUCGAGAUGCACACUCUCGCAGGUCGUCCAUCAACAGCAUUCAGUCAGCGAGUUAUUCUGUCUACUCCUCACCCGCCCGACGAAUCUUGAGUAAGGAGCAGCAGCGGUCAGCAAAGGCCAUGUCAGUGUGGGAGCAGAGGACCAACCAGCUGAGGAGACACAACAUGAGGGCGAGCAGCGAGGCUUUGUUCAACGAGCUCGACCCUGAGGAGCGCCUCCAGGUGUCCUCUGCCCUCCACCUGCACCCUGACAUGAAGACUCACCUGGACCGGCCACUCGUGGUGGAGGCCAAGAACGGCGACAAACCCAGCAGGUCUCCUGAAGGAGGACGGGAUGAGGCAGGGGAUCCGCAGCAGGACUCGACGGGUGACAACUUCCACACGCACUCCAGGAAGCAUCACAGGCACCGUGACAGGAACGGGGAGAGCAGGGAGGGAGGCGAAGGCCGGGGAGGGAGGCCCCACGCCCAUCACAGCCGGAGCAGAGAUCACAACACAGACAGUGCCCAGAUAAGAGAGAGGAGAGGGGAGAGUAGCCACAGCCGCGAUGGAGGGCAGGGACACAGGCACCAUCACCAGGCCGGCUCCCCUGAGGAGGAGGUCAAUGACUUCCGAGGAGGAGAAGAAAGAGGGCACCGCCACCAUCACUCCCAUCGUCCACCAAAAGAGGGAAACGGGAUGAUAGGGAAUGGUGCGCAGGGAGAGCGCAGGGGGAAGGGGGGAGGAGGUGGAGAUAGUAAUGGAGAGAGGAAGGGGCGCUGCUCUCGUAUGGUCAGAGCUCAGUCUACACUGAAUGGAGACGACUGUAAGAGGAACAAGAAUGGAACCAAAGGCCACAGGGAGAGGCAGUCAGAUGCUGAGGAGGACGGCCUCGCCUCCAGUCCUCAGCAGCUAAUGCGGAGUAGCCUGAGUCUUGGAGAAAAGCAAGAGGAUGCUGACAACCAGAAGAACUCCACCAGGGCCAGCCAGGCCGGCCUCAACAGCAACGCCAUCCACAUCCCUGUCACCAUCACUGCCCCGCCUGGAGAAACCACCAUCAUACCCAUGAACAAUAUCGACUGCGACAACUUCCGACUCAGUGAUGAGAAGAAAGACCUGGAGGAAGAGGAGGCAGCUAAUGGGCCUCGGCAGAUCCUUCCCUACAGCUCCAUGUUCAUCUUCGGGCAAACAAACCCGGUGCGACGGCUGUGUCACUACGUGGUCAACCUACGCUAUUUUGAAAUGUGCAUCCUGAUGGUCAUCACCAUGAGCAGCAUCGCUCUGGCAGCCGAGGACCCCGUGCAAGCCAAUGCACCGCGAAACAACGUUCUCAAGUAUCUGGACUAUGUCUUUACCGGGGUCUUCACUUUUGAGAUGGUGAUUAAGAUGAUUGACUUGGGACUGCUCCUCCACCCUGGCGCUUAUUUCCGUGACCUGUGGAACAUUCUGGACUUCAUUGUGGUCAGCGGAGCUCUGGUGGCCUUUGCCUGCUCGAGCCUUAUGGGAUCGCAACAAAGCGUGGCCAGAGGGACGAAAGGCAAGGACAUCAACACCAUUAAGUCCCUGAGGGUCCUCCGAGUCCUGCGGCCACUCAAGACCAUUAAACGGCUUCCCAAGCUGAAGGCGGUGUUCGACUGCGUUGUGAACUCUCUGAAGAACGUUCUUAACAUCCUCAUCGUCUACAUGCUCUUCAUGUUCAUCUUCGCUGUUAUCGCCGUGCAGCUCUUUAAGGGUAAAUUCUUCUACUGCACCGACGAGUCCAAGGGUCUGGAGAAAGACUGCAGGGGUCAGUUUCUGGACUACGACAGGGAUGACGUAGCAGCUCAGCCCAGAGAGUGGAGGAAGUACGAGUUUCACUACGAUAACGUUCUCUGGGCCUUCCUUACGCUCUUCACUGUGUCCACCGGGGAGGGAUGGCCACUGGUCCUGAAGCACUCUGUGGACGCCACUUAUGAGGACGAGGGCCCCAGCCCAGGCUUCCGCAUGGAGACAUCCAUCUUUUACGUGGUCUACUUCGUGGUGUUCCCCUUCUUCUUUGUCAACAUAUUUGUGGCUUUGAUCAUCAUCACCUUCCAGGAGCAGGGAGACAAGGCCAUGUCAGAGUGCAGCCUGGAGAAGAAUGAGCGGGCGUGUAUUGACUUUGCCAUCAACGCCAAGCCGCUGACGAGAUACAUGCCAGAGAACAAGCAGUCCUUCCAGUACAAGAUGUGGAAGUUUGUGGUGUCAUCGCCGUUCGAGUACGCCAUCAUGACUUUAAUCGCCCUCAACACAGUGGUGCUGAUGAUGAAGUUCUACGGAGCGCCAGAGCUGUACGAGUCCAUGCUGAAAUACUUAAACAUCGUCUUCACAGCCCUCUUCACACUGGAGUGCAUCCUCAAGAUUAUUGCCUUCGGUCCACUGAACUACCUGAAAGCAGCCUGGAAUGUGUUUGACUUUGUGACUGUCCUGGGAAGCAUCACAGACAUCUUGGUCACAGAGAUUAAGACGGACAAAAUGAUCAACCUGAGUUUCCUGAGGCUGUUCAGAGCAGCUCGUCUCAUCAAGCUGCUGCGGCAGGGCUACACCAUCCGUAUCCUCCUGUGGACCUUUGUUCAGUCCUUCAAGGCUCUGCCAUAUGUCUGCCUUCUCAUUGCCAUGCUGUUCUUCAUCUAUGCCAUCAUUGGAAUGCAGGUGUUUGGCAACAUCGAGCUGAAUGAGGAGACCGCAAUAAAUCACCACAACAACUUCCAGACCUUUUUCCAGGCCUUGACUCUUCUCUUCAGGAGUGCGACAGGCGAGGCGUGGCACGAGAUCAUGUUAGCGUGUCUCAGUAACCGGCCGUGUGAUAAGCUCUCAGGAACCGUGGGGAAGGAGUGUGGAAGUGAAUUUGCCUACUUCUACUUUGUCUCCUUCAUCUUUCUCUGCUCCUUCCUGAUGUUGAACCUAUUUGUGGCUGUCAUCAUGGACAACUUUGAGUAUCUGACGAGGGACGCCUCCAUCCUGGGGCCCCAUCACCUUGAUGAAUUCAUCCGCGUGUGGGCAGAGUAUGACCCUGCUGCCUGCGGGAGGAUAUGCUAUCAGGAUAUGUACAAAUUGUUGCGUUUUAUCUCGCCUCCCCUGGGCCUGGGGAAGAAGUGCCCUAACAGGGUGGCUUAUAAGCGAUUGGUGAAGAUGAACAUGCCUAUCGCAGCUGACAAGACGGUGCAUUUCACCUCCACGCUGAUGGCCUUGAUUCGCACAGCCCUGGAGAUCAAACUGGCAUCUGGGGUCCUGGCGCAGCAUUUGUGUGACGCUGACUUGAAGAGGGAGAUAAACCGAGUCUGGCCCAACCUGUCGCAGAAGACUGUCGACCUGCUGGUGACGCCACCUAAAUACAAUGAGCUGACUGUGGGGAAGGUCUAUGCCGCUCUAAUGAUCUUUGACUACUAUAAGCACACUUGUGCCAAGAGACUCCAGCAGCAGCAGCAUUCUACAGGGGGACCUCAGAGUAAACUUGGGGCGUUGUUCCGUCCCAUGCUGCCCCUCACUCAAAUACAGGAAGUAGAACCGCUGAUCUGCAGCCCCAAACAGCCCCUCCCACCCCAGCCUGAGCCAGAAGCCAAGCCAGAGCUGCUGCCCACUACAACCAUCAUCUCGGUUAACAGGGACACAAUACCAAACAAGAGGAGUGCCAUAAAACAUUCCCAGUCCGGAGAUGUUUCUCAGGCAGCGCACCAGAGGCCCAAAGGCCGAAGGAAACUCCAGAGAGGCCAGUCAGAGGAUGUGCCAUAUUCCACCAGACCUCAGGAAUUUGUUGAACUGAAGCAGGUGGAGAACAUUUCAGACACAGAGGGAUAUCCAAUCCUGGAGGGCCACUGCAGAGCGGCUUCACUGCCCCGACUUAAUGCUGAGUACUACCGGAGCCACCCUCGCCACGCCCCUGGGACCCACCUGGCACCAAUUGUAGACCUCAGUCCCAUCAAGCGCUCAGCCUCCUCGCUGACGCCACAGCUGAGGGAGUAUGACCUGGAACGGCCCGGCUUGGCCCAGUCCUCGACGGGGCCGGGGCAAGUCCAGGGCCAGGACAGAGCCCACCACCAUCACCACCACCACCGCUGCCAUAGACGCAGGGACAAGGACAAAGACAAGAAGCAGACGUCCCUGGAUAGAGCUGCGUCAGUACAGCCGUCCAGCACAGUCGAUUCGUUCACCGACUCUUCAGCUGAAGGUUUGUCCAGAGAGCGAGCGAGGGAGCGGGACCGCAGCCGGCCUCACGAGAGGAGGCACCACUCCUCAGCAGGAGAGAAGCAGCGCUACUACUCCUGUGAUCGUUACGGCAGCAGGGAGCAGUGCCACACCAAGUCAGCCGGUCCCAGUCGAUCCACGUCUCCCGGAGAGGGACAGCAUGGUAGCAGUGUGGUCAAAGCUGGCCCUGUAACGCUGCCCUCUGGUUCGAGCACCCCGGGCCGUGGUCGCAGGCAGCUCCCACAGACGCCCCUCACGCCCCGUCCCGCCGUGGCCUACAAGACCGCCAUCUCCUCGCCUCUCCAGUCCGGUGCCAGCACCGCUACGACGGGGCACCAGACUCGCUUCAGCCGUGGCCUUUCAGAGCACGAACGCUUACACUGGGGCCACGACGAGUCCCCGAUACCGGUGACCCGCAUCGGUUCGGACCCUAACUUAAACCGGCAGCCGCAGGUUGCGUCUCAACAUGCCCUCCUUGAAGAGGACUUCCAGGACACUGUGAACAGCCAGGGAGGGGGACGCUCUGCCAGAACCGCUGCCUCAACAACAGCCUCAGCUUCACACGGACCUGCCGCUGUGCCUGUCACAGCGGCCGCCACGCAGGGUCGGGCGGGCGGGGGGGUGCCUAACGGCUACCACUUCACCCUCGGAGUCAACUCUGCGUCUGGGCCUGGGAGCCGAGGAACAGGAAGUCUCAGGGAGAGGGACGAAGAAGACUGGUGCUAAUAUGGCAGGAAAGUGUUAGCUGAGGACGGACAGCUUAUCAGUGUUUUACAGCGCUCACGUCCAAUGAGCUGAUAGGAGCCCAGCGGAUUAGGACAGAAAGAAAGGUAGUGGAAGGAAAAAGCCAGCGGUAAGUGCUGUGAAAGGGGAUCAGAAAUCAUUCCAGCUUUGUAGUGUUGCUCUCCUUUUUUUAUACAACAAACUUUUAAGGGAAAAUGACACUGAUGACUUUUCUACCCCCUUUACUUGCACUGAAAUUAUAGCACCUGUGAAGACCCUUAAGUAUUUUGCCUUGGCCAGUAAAAUCAGUGAUGGAGCAGAAGACAAAAACCAAAACCUCCUCAUUUUUUGAGUGAAACUAUGAAGUGCGUUUCAGACGGAUGUGAAUACUUUCAUUCCUGGUGUUAAUAUGGCUGUUCACACAACACACAACUCUUUUUAUUUUUGUAUGUUUCAUUUUGUCUAUAGUUGCCAUGUAGGUGAGAGAAGAGUCAACUUGAUCGUAUUGAUGCUUCCACCAAAUUAUCUUUUUUUUUUUUUUUGUUAUAAGCUAUUACUUUGGGGUUAUAACCAAAUUCUGACCAGAGCCGAUAUUAGGACUAUUUGAUGAAAGUCUGAAACCUCUGCCGUGAUAAGGGACACAGUGAGUAAUGUGACAAAAAAAUGAAACAACGGGAGGGUUUAGAAUAGGACUAGAGCCCAGUUUUCAUGAUCACGUUUUUGUAAAUUGUACCAGAUUAAAUACAUUUUAUGAGUGCACAAGGAGACUGGGUAACUCUUUGCUGAUGUUAUGUGGCUGAAUACUAAGUGCCUCGUCUUCCAAGAUGUAUUAAGAUGCAGCCUGGUCAGAUGGACUUGAACAUACAGUAGAGGAUGUAGGUGUGUACACAGCUGAGAAAAAAGUAGAGAACAAAGUUUGAGUCUGGUAUAAUGGACAGAAUGCAAAAAAAAACCUAACUUUGUACUGAAUCUUGUGGUAGGUAAGUCUGAAUUACAAAUCCAAAGUAAGCAAUGUAGUGCAUGCCAGGGUCUAUACUUUUGCUUAAGGGUGUGUGGUAAGCAUUUGCCUUUCUCUUUCAAAUAUACUGCCAGCCAGUUGGCAGAAAUGGUCUCGGAAUGGAGAAAAGUGCCAUUUUUUUUUUUUAUUUACAAUCAUAUAUAUAUAUAUAUAUAUAUCCCAUCUCUGCCAUAUUUUCCCAGAUGUCAUGGGUUUCAUUUCUUCUUAUCCUGUCCUCGGAGAGCAGUAUUGUGUGAGGGUUUGUAGGAGAGGUUACCUGUUUGUGUAUUCACAGGUACAAUAAAGAGUUGUGUUGUUGCUGCUGACUGUUGACUUCAAAUAGGGCUAUGCAACAAGACGACACUUCAUCUGCCCUGUAGCUUUACCCUCUGGAAUCUCCAGGUUCAGGCUUUAGUGUGACUGUGACCAAAUUUUACAAAUUUGUGUAUGAAGAGUUGUAAAUUUGAAAUGUAUUAUAUAAUGUACAGUUAACUGACAACACAUACUGAGGCACAAAUGGUAUCAAAGCUGAUAGAUGUGAAUCACAGGGCUGGCAAGUUGACUGCAUGACACCUACCUAGAUGGAACCACCCUAAAUAUAAAACAGUGUUCUUAACAGACUUGGGUCAAGUUGUGUUUUGAAAUAAUUUUAGUGUUUUUUUUGUUUUGUUUUUUAAACUUGCUUAGAAAACCAGUUAAACAGGGCUGAUAAAGUGGUUUCAGUGUGAGGUAUUCUGGCAAUAACAAAAGGCUGAACUAACAUUUUUGUGUCAUGAGUAGAGCUCUACACGAGCCUAAAAGACAAGUAGCAUAUCCUGAGACCCGAGGCAUUAUUUUGCAUGUAUGUAUUUCAAAUCCUUUUGUGAUUGUUAGCCCACCAGGCUAACGCAACACGGUGGCUACACGUUUUACCUGUCUUCCUUAUGUACUUAAAGAAAAAAGGCUGGCAAUAUUCUGUAGUUUUUUUUAUUGUCAACUAAUCCCAUGAAAAGACCAAAACCAACAAUGUGUUAGUCUUUUGGUAUUUUCUGAUUCACCUACUCUGACAAUGACACUCAGCCCCCAAGCCCAUUGUUUCCUAAUGAACACAUAAAUCUUAUAAUUAUAUCAAAUACUAAGUUCUAUGUCUUAAAAAAGGCUCAGCAGUUUCCUAAAACAGCUUUAGCAAAUGUUCCCUAAACAGAAAUAAAUAGUGCAUUUGUUGGGGACUAUUUUCAGCUGUGGAUUAAUACACAUUUGGUGCUCUAGUGAGUAUUUAUGGCAGCUGGAAGCAUUAUUAUCAAUCACACUUGGUUUCUUGGCAAGACCCACCCUGCAUAGCAGCCUGAUUGGUUGAAGUUAGGGUUAGGUAUUUACCUCACGUGGUUAAGGUCUGGAUAGUCCAUUGGUCGGGAUAGGACCUGAACAAAUCGGGUUCCUGUACCUUGCACGAGUAUGGAUGCCUGGCCAAUCCUAGCGUUUGAAUGCUACAUAGCCCGGUAGUUUUUAGCAAAUGCAGAACGGUGUGUGUGUGGGAUUUAUCAAAAUGAACUUUUGUAUUUGUUGAAAAUAAGAAAAAUAUAGAAUAUCACUGGGCUUAAUCUUUAAAACACAUGAUAUAGAUGAAUACAGUUGAUUGACAAAAACGUUCAGAUUUAAAUGAAAUUAGGUCAUUAGGUAACGUAUUUGAAUAAAACAAAUGUUGCACAUAUAUAGAAGGAUUAUUUAUCACUGUGUACUUUGACUCAAAAUACAAAUUAGAUCAAAAUAGCGGACUUCUAGGUGCCUAACUCUCUUGGUGAUCUUUGUAUUGACUCUAAGCAAGUUUAUAAACAUGUCAAUUAUUUGCAAAUAUAAUUUGAUCCAAGUCUGAUUAUUUCCUUGUGUUUUAAUUUUUUCCCCCACGCUGUCUCAUAUUUGUGCAAUCUAUUUAUUGGUUUGCCUAAAAAGGAACGUUUUAGACUUUAAAGCAAUAAGGUCUAAGUGUAGGUGUGGCUCUGUUCUUUGUAAAGGUAAUGUAAUAGAAUGCGUGCUGUCUUACUGUCUUGGAAACGUUGCUGUAAGUUGCCAUAUUGGAGCAGAGAUUUGUGUGUUCAUCUCGACAGUAGAUUUCUCAAAAGAUCCAACAUUUUCAGACCUCCAACGAGCCCUACAUGAACAGGGUGCCAAGUUUUCUUCUUACAGUUUUACUAUGACUGCCCCCUCUGGACAUGUCCUGUUUGCAUGUUCUGAAAUGAAAAUGUGCAUGUGCAAAAAAAAAAAAAAAAGAGGCAUUGUUUAACUUCAUUCAGUCCAUGAUUUGUACAAUUUGUUUCCUGGUUGUAUUUUCUGAUUAUCUAAAACAAACAAUGUACGUACCUGUUUCAGGUAAAGACAAAAAAAGACUUUGAAUAACAUUUUAUCACAGAACCACCAAAGUGGAAGCAAGGCUCUUUCUCAGAAAAGAGGUUCUGGAGUGGCUGAAUCCUUUGCUGCCUGAUCUGUUACUUGACUGUCUGUCCUGCAGUCAUUUCAACUGUACCUAUAGAUUUUAUAUGAAUAUAAGUCCUUGAAUAAAGAGGUAUGAUUAUGAAAUUGCAACACGUA